CUCGCAGUGUCCGGGCUGGAGGAGUGUGUCCAGCAUACGGACUGCAUUGUGGGAUGGGCGGAAGCGGAGGAAGUGGUUGACCAGUGAUUGAAAGCAAAGAUCCUUGAUUGAAAGUGAUUGAGAAGUGAGUGAGUGUGUGCGCGUGUGAACCUAGCCAGGGGGAGAGAGAGAAAGAGCAAGAGCAGGCAGCCGCAGCGCGAUCGCCCAACGACUCCGCCGCAUUAUGCCUUCCUUUCCCCUCUCGGCAUGGAGGCUGGCACCGUGAGAGGAAAACACACCAGAAACACCGGCAUCUUUCUCUGCUUGAUUGCGACGUUGAGCAGCGCGAUCGGCCAGAAAGGUGAUGGCUGUGGACACACUGUACUUGGUCCAGAGAGUGGAACAUUUACAUCAAUAAAUUAUCCACAGACUUAUCCCAACAACACUGUUUGUGAGUGGGAGAUCCGUGUACACCCCAGUCAGAGAAUUAUUUUUAAAUUUGGAGACUUUGAUAUUGAAAACUCUACUUCUUGUCACUUGAGCUACUUACGACUUUACAAUUGGAUUGGUCCAGGCCGAAGAGAAAUUGGUAAAUACUGUGGACCUGGAUUUCAGUGGGAAAGGGUUAUAGAAUCAGAGAGCAAUGAAGUCACUGUUCAGUUUAUGAGUGGGAUUCACAUCUCUGGUCGAGGGUUCCUUGUGUCAUAUUCUACAUCAAAUAAAUCAGAUCUUAUUACAUGCUUGGACAAGGGGAGCCAUUUCUCAGAGCCUGAAUUUAGUAGGUACUGUCCUGCCGGAUGCUUGACUCCUUUUGGUAACAUCUCUGGAACUAUCCCUCUUGGCUAUCGUGAUUCGUCACUGCUAUGCAUGGCAGGCAUUCAUGCUGGUGUGGUAUCACAUUUCCUGGGUGGCCGGAUCAAUGUUGUGAUCAGUAAAGGAAUUACAUACUACGAAAAUACUGUUGCAAAUAAUGUCUCCUCAAAAACAGGACAUUUAUCACGUCACCUGUUUACAUUCAAGACAAAUGGUUGCUAUGGAACACUGGGAAUGGAGUCUGGUGUCAUCAGAGACGGCCAGAUCCAUGCAUCUUCAGUUCUGCAGUGGCACGAUCUCUCUGGACAGUUCCACUCCUGGGGGCCAGAAAGAGCACGCCUGAAAAAACCUGGCUCUGCCUGGGCUGCAUUUCACACUGAUGAAGCCCAGUGGCUGCAAAUAGACUUGAAGAAGGAAAAGAAAAUAACAGGUAUAAUUACUACAGGUUCUACCCUGGGUGAAUACGCUUUUUAUGUCUCUGCUUACCGAAUCUUCUCCCGUGAAGAUGGAGAGGAUUGGAAGGUUUAUAAAGAAGCCAACACUGACCUGGACAAGAUUUUCCAAGGAAAUGCCAAUAAUUACCAAGAAGUUCGUAACAACUUCAUCCCACCUAUUAUGGCCCGUUACAUCCAGAUCAACCCAGUGCAGUGGCAUCAGAAGGCAGCACUGAAAGUAGAGUUAUUGGGUUGUCAGCCAUUUCAGCCGUCUUUGGCUCGAGCUCCAGUUCAAUCUCGACCUCCUUUGCUCACCACGGAAAUCACUCCAAAGUUGGACAAAACAACAUUUACACCAGAUGUCAAGAAUAAUUCAGUGACUCCCAACAUAUCCAAAGAUGUGGCGUUGGCGGCUGUCCUGGUGCCUGUAUUAGUCAUGGUGCUUACUGCUUUUAUACUGGUUCUUGUAUGUGGCUGGCAUUGGAGAAACAGAAAGAAAACUGUUGAAGCACCAUACAGCCUUAUCUAUUGGAAUCGAACAGUACAAUAUGUCUCAAUGUUACUAACUGGGAAUUAUGGUACAGGCUGGUGGAAGGGAAUGAAGCAGUUUUUGCCUGCGAAAAAUGCUGAGCCUGAUGACACCUCCGUGCGCUACACCAGCAGUGAGAUGAACCGGCUGAGAGCCCGAAAUGGCAGCACAUUGAUCCAAGCAGAAACUGCAGAAUAUGCCCAGCCACUUGUGGCAGGAGUUACGGGAACAUUACGACAGAAGUCCACUUUCAAGCCAGAGGAAGACUCUGACGCAGGAUACAGUGACCCAGAUGGCAAUGGGCACUACGAUGCACCUGUGCCAGAGAUCUAUCAUGCCUAUGCAGAACCUUUGCCAGCUUCAAGCCCAGAGUAUGCCACUCCAAUCAUUAUGGAAAUCUCCACUCACCCAACAGGAACCUUGGGGUCUGUGGCUGCCUCCACCUUCAAAUCAUCGUCAAGCACAGGGCCUUCAUUGGCGGGUAAUAUAAACCCCUCUUUACCCCGGACUGAAGGAACUCCUUCUGGGCAGACAGGAUAUGAUACACCAAAAGGAAAGAUAAUCCCAGUGUCUGCAGAGGAGCAAGUAUACCAGGUACCAAAUAGCGUAUCACAGAUACCAGCAACAUCAGAUGCUGAAUGAACCAUGGAAUGAGGUCAUCAUGCAGAGGGUACUUUGGUGGGGAGAAGGAAGUGAUUUCAGAUGACCAUUUCCACAGUGAAAGAAACGAUUGUCCAAAGCUAAUAGGUAGGCAUUGCUACCGUUGGUGACUGCUGAGAAACUCUUGCCUAUUACCUCCAAUGGAUGGAACAAGGAUCCUUAAAUAUUUCUGUUCUAUUGCACGUACCUGUAACGUAGACGUCGAUUCAUACUGGCUUGGUAUUUAAUGUCAUCUAAUACCAAAGGGUUAGAUCAUGCAUGACGCAAAAAGACAAAUUAUUUUAAUUCUGGUUAGUCCACUCAGAUUUAGUUUGCCUCAUUUCAAACUGAAGACAAACCAUUGUAACAUCUUCACUUGAGUAUCCCUCUUUCAGAUCUCAAUAUGAUAGACAAAUGCUAAAUCCAAGGGCACAUGAUGCUUUAAUUGAGUAUUGAGAUUAGUGUUAACUGUGCGAAGCGAAUUAGUACCGUAGGUCAAACUCUGGCUUGAUUCCCUUGCAUCUAUAUCACGCAGCAUCUUUGGUUUAAAGGUAGAUAUAUAUCCUGGUUUGAGUUUGGUUAUAUGAAGAAACUAACCUAGUGAUGUAAUCCUUAAUAAAGUCUUUUUUUAAGGGUUUAAAUGGUCAUUUUCCUAUUUGAUAUUAAAUGUCCUGGAAAAGUAUAGCAUUGUACAAUUGGCUUUCUAUUCAUCAGCAUCCCUUUGAAAUUAAACCAAAAAACCCCAUGAAACUGCAGUGCCUUUGUAUUUAAUGAUACGCUACGAUUAGUUUUAAUGUCACAAUUUUAAUGCAAUUCGUUCAACAAUUUUGAUUUAACUCUCAACUGGAUUGAUUGCAGUCACCUAAUUUAUUUGUGCCUUGAGAGAAAGAUGGAGAUAUUGCGCUGAAACAAGUUCCACAUUUCUUCUUGUAACCUAUUCAAGUAAUUGACUUGCAUUAAUAAUAUAUAAGGGUAAUAUACUUGCAAUAUAAUAAUAUAUAUUACAAGGACAUUUGCUAACACCUCUAUCCCUUGCAUGCCUGAGAAUCUAGUAUACCCUUGGCGGCACGGUGGUGCAGCUGGUAGAACUGCUGCCUCAGAUUGUCAGAGGCACAGUUUUGAUCCUGUCCAUGGGUCAAGUAGCGUUUGCAUGAUCUCCUCGUGACUAUAUGGGUGUCCUCCGAUUUCCUCACACAUCCCAAAGCCGUGCAGAUUUGUAACUCAAUUGGCCUCUGUAAAUUGCCACUAUUGUUUAUUCAAAGGAUGUGAAUGUAGGAUAACAUAAAACUAGUUGUGAACAAUGGUUGGAAUGGACCUGGUGGACCAAGGGGCCUGUUUCCAUGCUGUACUUUUUAAUUCAAUUUAAUUAAUUUCAAAAGAAAAUUGUACACCAAGAAUUGAUGAGAAUACCCAUAAACUUUAGGUUGAAACAUAGGUGAACUUUCAGACACUCAGCCCCUUGCAUAAAGUUUUACGCAAUAGCAAGACAAAGUGGAGAUCAGUAUGCCCAAUUUUCUGAAGAAAAUUGUCAAUUGAGUAAGAUUUUAUCGUGAGAGAAGUUGCCAUACAAUCUACUGAUUUACCAUUAAUCAUUUUGCUCAUGGUUUCUCCAGCUCAAACCUUCCCUCUAAUGAUCUACCCCAGUCAGCUAAUCUCUCUCUCUGUCCUCAAGGCUGGGUUUGUAAUUAAAGUAAAUGAUCUUUAAAGUAUAGUAUCUUUACCAAUAUCUGGUAAAUUGGAAUUAGUAAGUAAUAUGAUUUAAUCCAAAGGACAUUGAAUUAUGUGUAAUUAUAUCUAACCACCUUGGCAAAGAAACAUGAGAAAGGACAUUUAUUUUGCACUCCUACCAUUUGCAAUUUGAUAAGAGUUAGGACUGUUUCCAUUUGGCACUGGACCCCCAUUUUGUUGACCUGCUGGUGACUUAUUCCAAAUUGGGGUUUUUUUCCCCAUCUUAACAUGGCAUUUAACCUCCUCCCCCAGUAUGAAUCAAAUCUCUACAAGGAUGUACUUUUUGUUGCUUUACACAUUUAGUCGGUAUAUUAUGUGUAUAUUUUGGUAGAAUUUAGAAUGUAUACAUAGAAUGGAAGAUUUUUUUUGAUGAUUUGAUAUGUGAUAGAAAUAUAUCUCCACAAAUUACCAGAUGGGUAAUUGAUAGAAAAUGAUUGGAACCCUCAGUCCCAACAGCAUUAUUUAACUGGUUGAAUCUUUCUAAUGCUCUGUUAGAAUGGCUUAAAUUCAUUCCACGCUGUAAACUUGUCCUGGAUUGAGGCCAUUUGCUUUAAAACAGAACUUAAAUAUUAUUUCUUCAAUAUCUGAAUUUUAUUGAAAUUUAACUGUUCAUUUUCAAGAAUUCAUCAAACGUUGUCCACGUUCAAACCAAGAAGUUACCACAGAGGUAAGAUGGAUUAUAGUGAUGUCCAUGCUAGCCCAGUGAAUGGAGCUAGAUUGAAAAUUUAGACCACCAUCACAAUAAAUGGAUGCAAUCAUUGUAAUAAAAUAAGAAAUGCUGGACCAUGUCAGGCAACAGUAAUAAAGAGAGAAGCAGUUAAUGUUUCAGGUUUAACUGGAAAAGUAAGAAAACAGGGGCGAUUUACAUUGUAGAGAGGGGGUCUGUUUUUGCCUCCUCCGAGGACUGAAUAAGAAUCGGAGAGGAAAAGAUAAGGAGGAAUAAAUCGAGUCAGUGGGAGAGAAAGAUCCAAAACAUUAUGGUGUUCUGAUGCAGCAUAAUGUCUCCUUCAUUUAAUCUAAAGUUAAUGGGGUGUAAGUGUCCUUGAUCUGAAAGGUAACUUUCUGUUCAGUGACCACCGGAAAGGGAAAGAUUUCUGAUAGGGGGAUUUUUGCCUUUUUUAUAUAAGUUUUGAAAGAAACAAUAAGGUUCUUUCAAGGAUUGAAGAACAAAAUAAUAUUCUAUUGCUAGUGUAAGCGGAGGUCUUCCUCACUGGGUAUCCAAACUGAGCCAAGGAAACUAAAGGUAUCAUCUGAGACAUCAGAACCCUGAAACUGCACCUUUUAACGGAAAUUGUAUAUAUGUAAUUGUAUUGAAAAUUCCAUCUUUAAAUUUCACUGAUGGUACAGUAAUGAAAUGUGUCCUGCAGAUGGCGCUAUUGUGAGCCUGGACAAUUCUGAUCUGUUGAGAUUUGUUGAAACUUCCAGGACAUCCACAAUUGCAUAUUUUGUCUGAAAGGGUGGUGGAAGCAGGGUUUAAUUAAUUCUUUCGAAAAGAAGUAGGACAGAACUUGAAAAAGGAAAAUAUUUUGGAACUGGGGGGAAAGAGCAGGGUCGUGACCCUAAAUGGCCAAAAUUGUUUUAUCACUUUUAUCUCUACUUGGAUAUUUCUACUCUUUUAUGGGACAUUUGGGAACUAUGAAUGAUAGACAAUAGGUGCAGGAGUAGGCCAUUCAGCCCUUCGAGCCAGCACUGCCAUUCAAUGUGAUCGUGGCUGAAAGUAUUCAACUUUAGAUUUCCAGAAUUUCCGAAAGGUAAACUCCCUGUUAUAUUAAUGGCCUACUCCGUUUUGUAGUACUUUUGAUAAACACCAUUUCCAUAUGGUCAGGAAAAACUUUCAAACUUACUUUGAACAAGAAUAUAUUUAGACUUAUGUGGUGAAUGAUCUAUACCAGAGUAGGUUGAUAUAGUGGUUUAAUAUAGGACUCUAGAUUCAUGAAGUAAAAGACAAAAGUUAUAAUUAUCAAAUUAGGAUAUUUUGAAAACGUUGAAUUGAGGAUAUUUCUCCAUCGAAAAAAUGUAUAUCACAGCAUCCCUUUAUUUUAGUUCCAUUCAUAUACUCUAUUCUAAUGGCUUUAAUAAUUCCAAACCCUAUUUAACCUUUGUUCUUAUAAAUUUAUUAGUCUCGUCAACUGGAACUUGGUGCUCUUCAGCAUUCACAGAAUGGUGAAUGCUGAAGAGCACCAGGCGGUGAUUGUUUGAAGGCACAAAAGUGAUUUUAAUUUUCCCUCCAAGACUGCCAUGGUGAGAAAGAAAAUCUGUUUUAACAUUUGAAUAGUUUUAAGUGUCCUAAGAUCAGAUAUGAUACCAAUGUUAAUUAAAAAUCAGUUUGGGGUAGAUAUACUGCUUCAACUCAGAACUUUAUUUUAUAGCGAUGAAAAUUCAUCAAGCUUAUCAAAAUGAUAAAAGCAAAUGUGAAGUGUUUUCUUUAAAGCAUGACUAGUUUACAUAUUUAAAAUUGCUAGACAAUGCACUCAAAAAAACUAUCCCAAAUAAAACCACGUGUGGUAACCAUAACUGAGACAGUGGUUUUGUCUGGUCCUCAAUAACCUCUCAGCUAUUGAGGUCAAGUUGAAAUCAAUGAAAAAAGGAGCAAAUCAAAAUGUCACCAACAACUUAUAGCUUUUCAAGAAAAUUCAACCAGUGAGACUGAGGAUAUUUUAAAGAGGAACUAGAGAGUGAUUGCAGAGUCCCUGCUUGAUAAAAGGUACGUACUGCUGGAAAAUUGGAAUCCCUAAUGAAAUUCCAUAGAAAGACACUACUGCCGCUACUAGGGAGGCUUCUUUGUUCUAGUGUUUUACAAAGCUUGCAGUAAGGAGUGAUAGAUCUUUCAUAUUGAUUUAUUUCUGUGAAAUAAUGGUCUCAAUUAGUAUUUGCUCUACAAUACGACAGUGCAAACUGCAUUCUUUUAGUAGGGUGUAAUUGCCAGCACACCACAUAUUUUAUGAUUAUAUUUUUAACAUAGUACAUUUUGAAUCUGUUCACAGAAGAGGCAGUAAUUUCACAAAGACCUCCCCUGGCACCUCUCCGUUGCUGUCCAGUACUACCAGGAUUUUCUGCAUACUGCAUUCUUUACUGAGAGUGUAAUUGCCAACACAACAAAAUAUUUUAUGUAAAAAGUACUUUUUAAAAUCUGUUCGCAGGAAUGGUAUUUUACAAUAAUCACAUGACCUUUCCUCUGGUGUUGCCCAAACCACCCGUUUUUAUCCAUCUCUUAUCAGCACAGUAAUCACAUCUUAUUAAUUGUCUUUAUUAUUUUUAACCUGGCUUUGUGUGUGCACUUCAGCUUUAUCUUUUGAGGGUUUGUAAGAAGUUUUUUUUUUAAAUGACUGGAGCUGAGCUUAUUUUACUCAGUCGGUGUAAUGCACACAAAAUGUGAACAAAGCCUGGAACUUUGAAAUGUUACGUAAAAAGUAGAUCCAGUGCAGAGAAUCACUGGUGAUGUUGCAACACAAAAUUAGACAGUCAACCAAUGUGUGUGGCCUUGCACAGCGAUUUGUCACUGUCUGUAUUUUGUAAGAUGCACCUUGUUAUUUUUAUGUUAAUCACUGAAUUUGUGUUGAAACUGCAAGAGAUUUUUCGUGAUAGAAGAUUGUGAGAGUUCUAUUAUUACAGCCUUGUCUUCACCUCAAUAUUUUUAAGACAAUCUUGGUUCAGUUUUUAUCAAAAUAUGCAUAGUUUUCUGCCUUAAUUUUGUAUAGGUGUCAAAAAACUGCUUUAUUUGAAUUUAGUGCGGACAGUUCUACACAAUGUAGAAGCCAUUAAGUUUAUUCAUUUUUACUUAAAAUUUUUAAAUAACUUAGUGCGAAUACUGUACUGUCACAGUUAAAAAGAACUGUUGAUUUAAGUGAAUUUCGUAUGUAGUAAAAUAAAAACAAUGAAAUAAUG